GUUCGCAAUAUUCGAGUUAAAUUACACGCACCGGUUACACACACACACACUCUCUCUCUCUCGCUCUGUCUGACCAUGAAACUCUCCUUCUCUCUCCCUUCCAAAUCAAAACCCACCCAGAAAACGUCCAUCCCCGUCGCCUCCGCCGCCUAUGAAGACCAAUACCAUAAAGAAUUCGUCACCGAAUUCGACCCUUCUAAAACGCCAGCCGACCCCAACUCCAAACCCUCCUUUGUAAUCCCUCCCAAGCAGAACGAAUGGCGUCCCUACAAGAAGAUGAAAAAUCUCCACAUCCCACUCCAAUCCGACGGCUCUCGUGAUCUCCAAUUCGAGCUCGAGUCCUCCUCUGAUCUUCCCCUCCCCAAUUCCGACGCCAAAAUCUCUUACGGUCUCAAUCUCCGCGACAACUCCGCCAAGAGUGAUGCGGGUGACCCACAGGGGAUCCCCGAAUCGGCAGCUCCGGUUGAGGCGGUCCUUCUCCAGAGUUUAAAAGAGGAUUUGAAGAGGUUGCCCGAAGAUCGAGGGUUCGAGGAGUUCGAGGAUGUUCCGGUGGAGGGUUUCGGUAAGGCUUUGCUUGCUGGUUAUGGAUGGGUUGAAGGGAGAGGAAUUGGGAAGAACGCCAAGGAAGAUGUCAAAGUAAAGCAGUACGAGAGGAGGACCGAUAAGGAAGGGUUAGGGUUUAGUUCUAAGGAAAAUAAAGAAAGAUUACCCGGUUUCACGAAUGUCAAACAGAAACAUGACAAAGAAGAAAUAGUGAAGGAGGAUAAAGACGGGUUUUUUGUGGGGAAAGAUGUGAGAGUGAUUGAAGGGAGAGAAAUGGGUUUGAAAGGUACCAUAAUGGAGAAAUUGGGUGGUGGGUGGGUUGUUUUGAGGUUGAAGAAAAGCGAAGAGAAAGUUAAAGUUCGUCUUUUUGAGAUUGCGGAUUUGGGAUCCAGGGAAGAAGAGAAGUGUUUGAGGAAGUUGAAAGAGUUAAAGAUUAGGGAAGCUAAAGAUUUGAAAACCAAGGGGGAUGAAAGAAAGGUUAGCAAACGAAGUAGAGAGAGUGAGAAAAGAAGUGAAACGAAGGUUAACGUGGAGAGAGUUAGGACUAAUGGCGAUCGAGGGGGUUCUUGGCUUAGAAGUCACAUUAGGGUUCGGAUUAUUAGUAAAAGUUUGGAAGGGGGGAGGUUGUAUUUGAAGAAAGGGCAGGUUGUGGAUGUUGUUGGACCAUAUAUGUGUGAUAUAUCAAUGGAUGAGAGUAAGGAGUUGAUUCAAGGCGUUGAGCAGAAGUUGCUUGAGACUGCAUUGCCAAGGCGUGGUGGUCCUGUUCUAAUUUUGUAUGGUAGGCAUAAAGGUGUCUAUGGAAGUUUGGUAGAGAGGGAUUUAGAUCGAGAAACAGGUGUUGUAAGAGAUGCUGAUAGUCAUGAGUUGCUAAAUGUGAAACUUGAACAGAUUGCUGAGUAUAUGGGGGAUCCAAGCUAUCUUGGGUAUUGAUUGUGGCAUUUGCCUUGGCAACACUGAACGAAUCCAUGACAUGCCCUCUGAUCAAAUUAAUAGGUAUUUUGUUCUAAACUGUACCCUUUGGUGUGUCGAUUUAUGUAUCCUAUCGAGUGCUAUGAAGAACACUGAAUUUUCUGUUGUUUGGUCCAAAAUUGUGAGGACUUUGCUGGUCUUUUAUUUAUACUGAUUGUAUCGACUUAGUCCAUUUCCAUUGUUCGAUCGGAAGUUUAAAAAAAUUUAUUGAAUAAAAAAAGAAGUAUUCAAAUUAUUGAUUA